UUCCUAUUCACCCGAACCCUAAGUCCUUGAUCUACUUCGCCACUUCUCGCAAAGGCGCGACAGUGCUUCUCUCAGUCGGCAUCGUGCACCGCUGCCGCCACCACCCAUCUCUCUCCUCCAUCUCCAUGGUCGGUGGUCCGCCUUGAGCGCGCAGGCCACAACUGUGUUUCUUCUUGGUUGACGCUCACGGACCGCCGUGUCGGGCAUCCUUUACCCCGUCUAUACAUCGACCGCCUUCCUUCCUUCUCCCUUGCUGUGCACAAUUGUUGCGGGCAAUAGUUGACCGACCCUUUGCAAUCGCCGCCGCCUCCAAUACCCAACUCCGUUGUGACCACUAGUCGCCAGCAGCUAUCCUUGACCUAGGGCCAUCGUCGGCCACCGUGAGCUAGCCUCUGCUGGAGUUGAAGCUGUCGGAGGAGGGGCCGAACAAUAAAGGGUGAUAUUAACUUGGGAUGCAGAGAUACCUGCCAAGAGUAUAGUGGUCAUAUGUAUUUUCCCUAUCCAUCUUCAUAAUCAUGUAGUCACAUCUCCCAUUCAGGUAAAGAAUUGUAUCAUCUGUUGGUCAACAACGAGGCAAUCAUGAUUAUAGCAUCCGUGGAAAUGUGAAUGCUCCAUCCAUGGCUGAUGAAAAUAGUACACAUAAUAGUUUUUCCCCUUGGAUAUUUGUUCAGGUCUGGUGCAAUAUCAGAUUGAAUAAAUAUGCAAGAACGGUAUGCAUGUUUGGAUACAUUAAAAGGGGAUAAGGGCAAUAGCGUCAUUUCGAGUCAAAUCUCCCACAAGAUCGAUUUCACUGGAGUUGAGGAGCCGUCUGUUCGUUCAGCCGCCACACCGUUCUCUGGUCCGCCGAUCGACGGCCACUGGCCCACCGUGCGGAUACUACCUUGGCUCCCGUAGCAUAAGUAGACAAGCACAGUGUCUGCCCGUUCUUGCUUCUCAAACAGUUGUAUCUCUUCCUUGCUCAUUCAUUGGCAUCACUCAUUGAGGCUGGUCCGCGGGUAACUUCAGAUCCAUUAGCUAAAUGUAUAGAUUUCUUUGAUAGAUCUGUAUAACUUGCAGAAGUAGCGCACCUCAAUUUCCACUGUCAUUCGCUGCCACUUACCAUCGCCGCCCUGUCAUCCAACGCCAUCAGUUUCUGCUGCUACUUUGUGCGAAGGAAUAACUGUUGAUCGACUCAAGCUUCUUGACUGUGAGGUUGGCUUUGUUGGUUCUCCAAUGGUGAGCAGCGAGGAGUUGAAGAAAGCUCAGAUUGUUGAGGCUCGUGCGAAGAGCAUUUUCCCUAAUGUUAGGUGCACUGAAUGUGGCAGUCAAUCCAUUGAGGAUUCACAGGCAGAUGUUGCUAUUUUGCUCAGAAAGCUCAUCCGGGAUGAAAUCCGAGAAGGUAAAACUGACAAGGAGGUGUACAAAAGUCUAGCGGAAAGGUUCGGCGAGGAUGUACUUUAUGCUCCUCAUUUCGAUCUACAAACUGCUGCUAUAUGGUUGUCGCCGGUCAUUGUUGCUGGGGUUGCAAUUGGUGGAUGGGCAUAUCGGAGGCGCAGGCAAAAUACCAAUGUCCACGUAAUGGCACUGAAUCUUGUUCGAGGUGUUCCGUUAACCCCUACAGAGAAGGAAACUAUGCUCGAACUACUAACACCACCUCCAUCUCCGAGAAGAAAGUGGUGGAGUUGAAGGCUUUGUUGUGCUUUCUAUGAUCCUUCACUCUUAGCUAAUCUAUAUACUUUCAUAGUGGACCUUUAUAAGAAGAGCAAACAAACAAAAUGCUGCAAAAGUUCCAAUUUUGUCACUGUUAUGUCGAAAUGUUUCUAGCUCAUGAAUGUUUAAUCGAUUACUCAAUAAGUUGAAUGAGAAGCGAUUGGAAGAUGCACCAAAUUCUUCAUA